AUGGCUUCCAUGUCCACCCUUCCAACUCCGUCACGGCCAUCAACAAACCCUCCAACCGGCUCUUUACCCCCGCUACCAACUCCCAAAGCCAGAAAAAGCACCCCGGCUCCCGAUGCGCCUCGAUCCGCAUCUCCAUACCAACCGUCCAAGCUACGGACACCGUCCAGUCCUAGACCCCCGUCCCUUCGGUCCCCACUAUCCAGUUCCAACUCGACAUCGAAUCUGAGUGCGGUCCGGUCGGUCUCCAGUGGCCGAACGCCAGGCAGCCCCGAAAAGCCUCUACGCCGAACCAUCAGCAUCGCUUCUUUCCCACAACCUCCCAAGGCUAGUAGCCGCCCUUCCACCUCCGCAUCUUCAGUAUCGGGCAUCCAAGGCCCCACUUCCUCUGGGAAUACGAAGCCUCAGCGAAGCUCGCGGCUCAGUACAGGCACCACCAGCAGCUACCGCAGCUCCAAAACUCCAUCCUUGCUGAAUGGGAGCGCAGAUGGAAAGUCGAUCCUGGCAGAUGCACGGGAUCCGGAAGCCUCGCCGUCUCACAGUAGGAGCUCUUCUGCCCAGGGGUCCUGUUCCACCAGUGCAACUACAUUUGAGGACACGGACGACGCUACGGGAACUGUCAAGGGUGGCAAGGCCAAAGAGUCCAAGGGUAAUGUGAUUGUCAGUGUUCGUGUUCGACCGGACACUAGCAAUGGAGGCGAGACCCCGCGAAAUCACGGUGAAUGGGGGCUGGAUGGGCGUCGGAGUUUGAUUUCCCACCGCGGUAAAGAUGGAGGCGAUUACUAUUAUGAUAAUGUCUUUACACCACAAGAAAACAACGCCAAGGUCUACGAUUCAGCUGCGAAACGGCUUGUGCGACGAGUCAUGGAAGGAUAUCACGGUACUGUCUUUGCCUACGGUAUGACAGGUACUGGUAAGACGUUCUCGAUGCAGGGUACUGCCACCUCUCCCGGUGUGAUUCCACUCGCCAUCACCGAUAUCUUCUCUUUCAUUCGGGAAACGCCCCAUCGGGAGUUUUUGCUCCGAGUCAGUUAUCUGGAGAUUUAUAAUGAGAAGAUCCACGAUCUUCUUUCGACCUCAGUCACCAACGGUGUCCCGGCACCUCAACAGGAAGAAAUCAAGCUACGUGAAGACAGUAAACGUGGGGUGUAUGCAACGCCACUGAAGGAAGAGAUUGUGCAGAGCCCGACACAGCUUCUGCGAGUGAUCGCGCGAGGAGACCAUGCCAGACGUACCAGCAGCACCCAGUUCAACGCGCGCAGUUCUCGAAGUCACGCAGUCGUUCAGAUUGUCGUCGAAAGUCGAGAGCGAGUGCCAGCCGGAGAUUCGCAGGAUAAGCGGUCUGGCAUUGCUCCCGGUGGUGUCCGAGUGUCGACCCUGAGUUUGAUCGAUCUUGCUGGUUCGGAGCGUGCGGCCGAUGAUAAAGAGCGCCGGACUGAAGGUGCCCACAUCAACAAGAGUUUGCUUACGUUGGGUAACAUUAUCUCCAAGCUUUCGGAGAACAAGGACAAGCAAGGCAAUCCGAUUGAUCGAGAUGGUAGGCAUCUGCCAUACCGUGAUUCCAAGUUGACCAGGUUGCUGCAGCCCGCUCUAUCAGGAAACUCUCUUGUCAGUAUUCUCUGCACGGUUCAGCUAGUCGCUGGUAUCAACGCACACUCGGGUGAGACCCUGAACACCUUGAAGUUUGCUGCACGAGCGAAGAACAGCAUUGUCAGUCAUGCAAAGAAGGCCGAGGAAGCCUACGGUAGUGGCGGCGGUGAUGCCGGUAGUCGGGUUCUCCUUGAACGCUACCGUAUGGAGAUUCAAGCUCUUCGUGGCCAGCUUGAUACCCAGGCCAAGGCGCAGGCAGAGAAGGAGCUCAAGUGGGAUGAGCAACAAUUUGAAAAGGAAGCCCAAGCUCGCCACGAAGAGCAGGUGCUGGAGAUGCAGCUAGCCCGAACUGCUUUGAAGGAACGGAUUGAGCAUCUAAAUCGGUUGAUUCUGAGCUCCAAAUCAACCGGUGUGAACAACCACGGCAGUCUCUCAUCUGCCUUUGGUCGACUUUCCCGAAUGUCCGCCACCGACUCUGGGACCCGUUCCCUUCGCUCAUCCGCUAGUCAGUCCACAUUGGGCGCAGCUCACUCGUCCAUUCGGCCCAUGUCGUAUAUGUCGGUCAACAGCAAUGACCCUUCGGUGUCGAUGCCCUUCACCAACGCCUCGUUUGGCAAUGAAGACGACGAGGAUAUGGGCGAGUUUGGUGAUGGCAAAGCAAGCCUGCAGCGACAAAUCACCGCCCUGCAGGCUGACCUGGGCGACAAGAAUCGAUAUAUCUCCACGUUGGAGCGACGAUUGCUUCAAGCUCGUCGCUCGAGUCACUCUCGAAUGUCGGUGGGGGUCAAAUCCAAUGCCCCUUCCACCACCACCAUCUCCGAGCACCCGGACAUGAUGACCCUACUCCGUGAAAAAGACAUGGAGAUCAACGAGCUUCGUAUCCAGCUCGAUGAUAAAGACCGGAUGCUGGCAGCACUUCGAUCUGCUGCCCGCCACCGCGACCUGGCCGCUGUGACCAGCGACUCUCAAUCUCCAGAACUGAAAGUCAAGAUGGACUCGAGCACUUCUGGUCCAAGCAGUCCUCAACUCCAAGCCCCCGGUGAAGUGAGCGACAAGAACACGAGUCCCUCAAGGCACACCGCUCCUGGGAAAGUCGGCGAGAGAGAAGAGGACCGGAGAAAGAACAUGGACGAAGUGUCCAGGAUGCUGGAUGAGAUGAUCCAAGGCCGAGUUGAAAGCGGUCAUCUGGACAGAAACUCCCUUGGCCACUUCAAGCGUGUGUCGAGUGAUAGCCGUCGAGGUUCGAGCUCGGCUGAGGUGCCGAAGUUGACCCCCACCGUUCCAGCAGAGGCUGUUCCAGGCUCUCCGCCAAGUUGA